UAAUUCCCUUAAAAAGAAAAAAAUGAAGAAAAAGAGAAACAAAAUAAAGAGACGACCAUGGCGGUAUAAAGUCGAGCUCCACCAUGUAACGGUGGGGCUCCUCCUCCUCUUCCUCUCGCUCUCUACUUUUCUCUCUCACACACUAACACGCACUUACUUUUUUAUGCUCUCUCCACGCCGCUGUCGAAAUUGUGCCGUUGAAGCAUUUGGCACAUUUUCCCCAAUUUCGACUGCUUUUGCUGCUUAAGAAGAUCGGUGAAUUUUGCUUUGUGAAAUGGCGGAUACUGACAGCGUCGUUUCUCCGUCGGAUGAAGAGUUCGAGGACCUGCAAUCGCGCCGAUUCGACGACGCCGACAUCAGUGAGUCGGAGAGCUCCACUUCCAGCGCCGCCACGUUUUCUUCCGAUCGCCGCCGCGAUUUGGCUUCCGAGUGUUUGACGCCGCCGCCGAUCAUGCUGCCGGUUGUCGGGGGUAGACACGUCGUCUAUGCGGCGGAGAAGCGGGAUACGGAUAAGCCUGAGCCGCCUGAGCUUUCCGAGGUUGAAUUCAUGAAGGAACGGUUCGCGAAGUUGUUACUUGGUGAGGACAUGUCUGGUGGAGGGAAGGGAGUAUGCAGUGCUCUAGCAAUCUCCAACGCAAUCACUAAUCUUGCUGCUAGUGUAUUUGGAGAGCUCUGGAAGUUGGAGCCACUGACUCCACAGAGGAGAUCAAUGUGGCAGCGAGAGAUGGAAUGGCUUUUGUGCGUUAGCGACUCCAUUGUUGAGCUUAUUCCGUCUGUUCAAGAAUUCCCUGGUGGUGGGAGCUUCGAGAUCAUGGUGACUCAGCAGAGAUCCGACCUGUACCUGAACCUUCCAGCGCUCAAGAAGCUAGACGGGAUGUUGAUCAGCAUUUUAGACAGGUUUCACGACACUGAGUUUCGUUAUGUUGAUCGAGGUAUCAUCAUUGGUGAUGCUGAACACAUCAAACCAUAUAAAAGUUCACCACCUUCAAGUAGGCCUUCCACAACACUCGAGGAAAAAUGGUGGCUGCCUUUCCCAAAGGUUCCGGCAAAUGGUCUUUCGGAUGAGUCAAGAAUGGUUUUGCAGCAGUGCAAGGAAUGCACACAGCAGAUAUUCAAAGCUGCUCUCGCGAUCAAUGGCAGUGUUCUUUCAGAUAUGGAAGUGCCACAAGUCUACCUCGACAGCUUGCCUAAGAGUGACAAGGCGUGUUUAGGCGAUGUCCUAUACCGUUACAUAACUGCAGAUCAGUUCUCCCCGGAUCGUCUUCUUGACUACUUCGAUCUUUCAUCAGAAUAUACUACUAUGGAAGUAGCAAAUAGGCUUGAGGCCGUCAUUCACUUCUGGAGGCUGAGAUAUCAGAAGAAGAAGAAGAAGAAGCUAAACCACUCGAAAACGAGCUUAUUCUGGGGAAGCACGGCGAAGGGCCCCACAGGUGAUGCUGAAAAGAGCAAACUCUUUGCUCAUCGCGCUGAUACGCUCCUCAUGAACUUAAAGCUCCACUUCCCGGGCCUCCCUCAGACAUCUCUCGACACGAACAAGAUUCAAUAUAACAUGGAUGUUGGGCAGUCGAUUCUUGAAAGCUACUCGAGGGUGCUGGAGAGCAUAGCCUUCAACUUGUUGGCAAGGAUUGAUGAUCUUCUGUAUGUAGACGAUGCCACCAGACAACGCGCCAUGGCAGAGUCACACGCCAUGCUCAGCCGCAGAGGAUCAGUGGGUGCUCAUCAUGAUCUGUAUAACCAGAAAUUCUUCUCGAAUCAAAGCUCGUUCUCAUCAUCAUCAUCGCUCGUAGGGUCUCCAUUCCAUUACUCAGUCCCUGUAACGCAGCGGCCCAGUAGAUUACGCCGUUCACAAAGCCAACAGAUUAGACACAGUGAUGGCUAUAGUUUGUAAUCCGAAUGGAAUUAACAGAAUUUCGAUCUUUUUUUUUCUCGAUAUUUUGAGAAUCUGAAUCAACGGAUUAGAAGUGACGAUGGUUAUAGUUUGUAAUCCACGGUUAUAGAUAAUUUUGAGAUCGGCCUAGGUAAUCGAAGCCUAGUUAUUACGACAA